AUGAGCACCCAGAACACGGAUGACAUUUUCGAGAAAGCGCACAAUGCGUUCAUCAAUAGCCUGUCUGAGAAGGAGAAGGCUCGGUUCGCCAAGUGUUCUUCGCCCGAGGAGUUGCUGGAGACGCUUAGAAACUUCAAAAUCAUGUCGACAAAACGCCAAAAGAAGACUCUGAAUCGUUGUUUGGGUGUAGUGAAGAGUUUCAAUGACAAACUUCGGCCUUACUUCGAUGCCAUUAACGUCAUCGCAAGCGCGAAUGACACAGUUGCUAUCGCGUACGGAGCCUUUCGGCUUGUACUUGAGCUUGCUAGUGGGUUCCCCACGUUGUUUGAGAGACUCAUUCUUGUUUUGGAGCGACUGUCCAACACCUUCCCGCAAUAUUCUGCGAUCAUCGAGCUCUUUGAGGGCAAUCCUCCAGCGCGUAUGCGUCGACAUCUAGAGAGUGUAUACCAAGACCUGUUCCGGUUCAUACAAAUGGCUACGAGAAUAUUCACUGCCUCAAGUGGAAAAGUGAAACGCCCCUUGAGUAUGAUCACGAAUGUCAUAUGGAAACCAUUUGAUGCUCAGUUCAGUAGCUUGCUAGAGGCUAUGGACGACCAUCGGAAAUUCAUCAUUGAUGAGCUAGAGAUUCACCAGGCUCAGCAAGCGAAGGACUCAGAGAGAGCUGCUGCCAUCGAACGAAAACGCGCAGAAGAGGAGCGGCAGAGGGCGGAAGUAUAUAGGAAACAAGCCGAUGACUUAUCCAGACAAUCCGAGGCUAGGAUUCAGGCUCUGAAUGCGGAGCUUAGAGAGUCCACAUUGCAACGCAUACUCGACUGGCUAGCGCCCCCAUUGUUUGUUGAGGCAUUGGAAAACAGCCAAGAACAGCGCGAAGAAGGCACAGCAGAGUGGAUAUUCGAAAACCAAAUUUACAAGGAUUGGCUCAGAUCUAAGGUGGAGCUCCGGGAAGGUGUAACAUCGAAGCGAAUGCCCCCGUGGGUACUCUGGGUUCAUGGCAACCCUGGAUCUGGGAAAACGAUUCUGGCUGCAUCUGUUGUCGAAGAAGUUUCUGAAGCCAGCGAGUCCGAGCUCCAAAGUCACCAGAUAUGUUACUUCUUCUUCAAGCAUGACGACCGAAAGAACUCCACCCUCGAUGCCGCAUAUCGCUCUAUCCUGGCUCAGAUCCUGCGCCGUGCUCGACAGGCGGACGGCAUUCUAGACAAAUUUCUUUUUGCAAGGGUCUCAUCAUCCCCCCUGUCUGGUCAGCAGAGAGCGACAUCGAAGGAGCUUCACGAGCUCGUUAGGGUGCUUGCUAGCGACUUCGAUCACCUCACAAUCAUUUUGGAUGGUAUCGAUGAAGCGAUACAGCCAGAUAUGCUGGGUCGCCAAUUGAAAGAAUUGGUGACAGCAUCCCCUAUCAAGCUUAUCCUUUUUAGUCGACCCAACGUCAACAGCUUACAUAAAUUGGUCGACCAGAGACAUCGUAUUGCAGUGAACAGAGAAGCCAUGAGCUCAGAUAUAAGAUUGUUUCUCGAACAUCAGUUACAGGAAUUUGUGGAUAAUGAAAAGCUUCCGGACUCUGCAGACAUCGAGGGAUUAGCAGAAACGCUUCUUUACGGGGCUGAUGGGAUGUUCCUUUGGGCCAAACUGAUGAUCAACUAUCUCAGUUCCUUCGCGUUAUCACCGCAAUCACGUUUGGCCACAAUCAACAGCGUACAUUAUCCGGAAGGACUGAAUACCAUGUAUGACAGGAUAUUGUCGUUGAUCACGACCGCUGGCACACCUCAAUCCCAUCUUGCGCAGCGUAUUCUCCUUUGGAUGAAUCAUGCGACCGACGGCUCCUACCUGACUUGCAAAUUUUUGCACGAGGCUACCAGUGAUCAUAGCCAGCAAAGAGUGCCGGAUGACUUCAUUUCCACCGUCAUCUCGGUCUGUGGUGGUCUAGUUGAGUGCAACCAUCAAAAGUACUUCCAGUUCACUCAUCUCACGGUCAAAGACUACUUGAAAGAAAGAGCACUUCUACAUUCCAGUGGCUCAACCGCGUUUAUUCCGGAUGCGGUUUCAGCCGCGGAAUUCAUGACAGCAAGGUGUAUUCAUCACAUACGUUGCCGCGCCCCUACGAAAUCUCCGGCCGUAGAGUCGGGAUUUUCGUCUUAUCCUACCGAUUUUGUCAAAGAACAGUCGUUUUGUAAAUAUGCUAUCAGAUACUGGUCUUACCACCUGUCAAAGACCGUACACUCCGGACUUGACUGUGUUGAACAUCCUGACCGUGAAUCUACGAUCAGUAUGUCAAAGUCUAUUUGCGGCUUUUUGAGCAGCCCUUGUGCUGUAGCUUUCUGGAUCGAAGGCAUCUACGGGUUUUUAGCAGAUAUGGAUGGAUGGUUCAAAGAAAUCGAAAUCUGGAUCGCAAGCAAACACUCACAUCAUGUGCGAAAGACAGCCAACCGCUUAAGGGAAUUGUCAAAUGACCUCAAGGCGAUAGACAAGGAGUGGGGUGGGAAACUUCAUGAGGUUCCAGCACGAAUCUGGACCGAUGUGCCUGUCUUCGCUGACGUUGGAAUUGCAGCCGAGUUGGGGAAGGCUUUAGGCACGGAACUUGUAAAAAAGAUGGAGCCGCUCGCCCAAACCCACGACAAUGGAGACGCCAUUCGUUGUUUGAGUACUAUCUCUUCCCUCACGAGCGACGGAGCUAUUAUGGCGACGCUCAACAUCUAUCCUUCGUCGUCAUUCGAGUGGUUCUGGAAAUCGAUCGACCCAAACACAGCCUACAACGAAGCAGAAAGACAUUGCCCUGGUUGGACGGCCAAGUAUGAAAUCUGGUCAACUGAAUCCAAAUUACGUAUAGCAAGUGCCAGUCUAGCUCUUCCGGAAUCUGAGAUACGCCUUCUCAUUCGGCAGUCCUUCCGUCAAGACCCGUACAGAAUUAGCGGCGCAAUAUCAUAUAGCGAGCAAGAUGACAGGAGCUUCGACACUUCCUUCGCCUUGGCUAUAGGCCCUGACUGUCUCACCUUCUCUGUUCUUAGAACAGUUUAUGCGAUCGCCCCAGGAGACUCACCAGCCACUUCCACCAGUAGAUCUUUCAUCCUUCCAUUGAAAUCUCUGACACAUUUCGAGAAUAGGUGGGGUUCUCAUCUCAAACCUUUCAGACCGGAUUACUUUGCCAUUCUGCCUCCCAAUGAACAGGUUGGCUGGCGCGAUUGGUACGCAUAUUCCAUCUCUUUCAGUGGCACGGGGCAGUACAUCGCCUUCGCAGACUACCAAAUGCCCUGCAUAACACACGUCGCCAUAUUUGAGAUCUUCCGAAAACCUGCAUUCUAUAUUUCCGCGCCCGUAUGUCUUCCAACAGCCAAUACUCGACCUAGUCGCGUCUUUGAAUCUCUAAGUUUCUCUGCUUGCGGCAUGUACCUUCUCGCGCGCGACAAGAACGAUGUCGAGGUGUUACCAAUCCCAAAGGACAUGCUAGCUCUGAAGACCAUUGCGCAACCUACGGAUUUGGAAAUUGGGCAACUUGUGACUACGAAUGUUCCAAGUACAUCGGUGGCCAGUGUAUUAGACCUUCAGCAGAGUUGGAUCCAUCCUGGAAGGCUUCUUCCGGACACGCACCUCGUGAAUACUGAAGACGGAUCGAAUUGCUCAAAAGCUCUCCUUGUCACAACCACCGAUAACGAGCUUAAAAUUGAGUCUGUACAACCAGGAAUGUCUAAAGACAGCGAAUACCUCCAGAUCUCAUCAUUGCCACAGUCGUUCAGUACCGAGAACAGUACUGUCAAUCUUCAGGUUCCCACGUCUUCGACAGAGUCUUUACGUGUCAUCUUCAAUAAGCGAGCAGCAGAAAGCUACAGUCUCAGUGACGGAAGGCACGGGCAAUUUCCUUGCAUAAUGGAUAGGAAGCUUAAGUCGAUUGCUCGGAUCGAAAAAGCUCCACCUCCUCAACACGAAUUGCUUAGAAUCCCUGCUCAAAUCGAAGAGGCGGAAACCUCACAUCAAACUCCCCCGUCCCCUCAUAAAUGGCGCAAAAUGAACGAUGGAGAUAUCAGCACAUCAAAAAAACAGCCGAGGUAA